AUGAAGGCACUACUAGCUUUAAUACUGCUUGUUCAGCUUCCAGUUCACAGAGCUGUACCCACAGCUCCCCUGCCUCCCUUGGGCUGCGAUGACCCAGAAUCUGAAGCAGCAGCUGAAGUAGCUGUGAAUUACAUUAAUGACCACAGCCACCACGGAUACAAGUUUGCCUUGAACAGAAUCGAGCAAGUCCGCGUGCUGCCGCAGGGACCAAAUAAUGAGAUACUGUUUCUUGAACUUGACUUAUUGGAGACCACAUGUCCCAUUCUUAGCCCUACACCUCUUGCAAAUUGCACAGUAAGGAGCUUCACAGAACACGCAGUUGAGGGUGACUGUGAUGUUAAACUGCAGAACUUGAAUGGAAAGCUGUCUGUACUUGCUAGUAAAUGCCACUCACAUGCAGACUCAAGUGAAGAUGUUCUCCAGCUCUGCCCUGACUGCCUGCUCCUUGCGAGUCUAAACAACACUGAGGUGUUAGCAGCUGUAACUGCUGCCCUCAAUGACCACAACAGCAAAACCCCUGAUGCCUACCUCAGACUCCUUGAGAUUGGAAGAGCCAAAAUACAGUAUCACCCGGUGCACAUGGUCUCUGUUGAGUUUGCUGUGGCUGCCACAAACUGCACAGCAGAAGAGGCUAAAGCUAAUCUGGAGGCUUGUCAACUGCUUCCUGAGGAUCAGUCUAAUUUCGGUUUCUGCAGAGCAGCAAUGGUAACACGUCCCAUAGAGGAUCUCCGAGUAGACUGCGAGCUGUACGGACACCAGCCUGGAGUUACCUUCUCUCACCCAGGCCAAGACACAUCAGCAGGACUGGUACCCAGCCCUGGACAAGGCUUCACUAACCAUAACCUCAGACUUUCCCACAAUAGCCCUGCUGCAUCUGAAUCCAGCUCUUCAGAGUUUCCUUCUUCUGUGCUUUUGGCAAAAUCUGUAGCAAAGAGAGCAGCUCCAGAGGUUGCUCAGCAUGACAAAGUACCUCGCCCAGUUGGCUUUGCGCUUCCUCCUCCUCCAUGCCCUGGCAAGGUUCGCUAUUUCAAGAUAUAG